CCUGAAAUCUCCGUGUAGGAGUCUUUUCCUGGGUGAAUCCAACAUUGUUUGCAGAGCUUGAAUUAAUCAUCAAAUAUCAAAGAGUUUAGUGUAAUAGCCAAGCGUAUAACCAGGAGAAGAUUUAGCACUCCCAUAAUCCUCCAGGAGCUCCUGAACGCGUCUUUAACGGCUCUCGGGUCUUUGAACUCUGCAGCUGGACUUCCUGCAGAAACCCUCAGAGCUGAAUCUGCUCCAGUCUGAUUGUCCGUCUGAUUGUCCUCACCGUCUACCUCUGAAAUCAUGGUGCCACCCCAGACUCCCCCUCACUGCCUGCUGUCAGUCUACUUAAUGGGACGCGUGCGGCUGCUUUGGGGGUCCCCUCAUUAGAAAGUGUCCCCCCCAGAACCGAAGCUCCAACAGUUUGUUCCCGUCUGUCACCAGCCGCCUGCUAUAAACCCGCUGUUAUCUGCAGUGUUAAGUGCAGGCCACAGACGAGGGCUCAGCUUAAAGCGAGGCAGCAGAGACACCCAGUCCCGCCUGGGCCCCUGACAGGCCCCCCGCCACACACAGGAAGUCAGGCUGCAUACAGUUCCUCUGUCUGGCCCCGGAGCCUGCAGGGCCAGCGACGCAGGCGUUAAUGCGAGGAGCCACUCAGCCAAAUGACUCUCUAAUUUCCCCCCAGGACUCGGAGGGUCCCAGCGGCCCUUGAGAAUCAGGCUGAGGAUUUGUUCGGAGUGAUUUGUUUUGUCUCGUUCCCCCCUGUCCCUGUGUGGUUCCCUCACUCACUCAAGUUCUAGUUCUCUGCUCCCGGCGUCCUUCAGAGCACUCAGUCAGGGAUUUAGGAGAAGAUGCAUUAGAGGAGCACGAGCCCUCGGAGGACACAAGCAAUCACUGUUGAAGUUAAACGUCCAAAAAUAAUGGAAACAAGUCCUUGUCGUAAUGUGUCUGUGUUUACUGCUCUCUCUCUAACCUGGAAAGGUACGGUCCGGGUGGCAGAAACCUUAUAUUGAUCGUUUAGCAUUGAUGGUGUAACUCCAGAUGUCAGGGGUGGUUAAUUCUAGGGUGACCAUAAUCUGAAUCCCCAAAAAGAAGACACUACCAUGCUAAAUUUUGAGGGUUGCUGGGUUGGGUUGAGUAUUUUUUACGUGCUUCAAACUCAGUUAGUCCACGCUACACAAACUUAAAACUUCCACACAAAACCCCGGACAUUUGAAGGAUUUUAUAAACUCCCCCCUGACAAGGCCAGACAGCCCCCAAAAAAGAGGACAUGUCCGGGUAAAAGAGGACGUAUGGUCACCCUAGUGAUUUCCAAAAAGACUGUCAGACCAGGGGCGUCGUCAGACCCCUUUCCUGGGGCUCGUGCACCAGUAUCAGGGGCAGACUGGCCAUCGGGAUUACUGAGAGUUUUCCUAAGUGUGCCCUAGAAGAGCUUUAUACCUAGCAAUGCCCCUGUGUCAGACUGACUGCAUGGACCAGAUCAGAUCAGAGUCUGAUGAGAACUUCAGAAGUUUAUCUUGUCCUGCAAAAGUAAACAGCAUGAACAGAAUCCAGAUUUGAGUCCCUGAUCCACAUCAUGUUGGUUUAUCUUGAUUGUGCAUGAAGGGAGAAUCUGCAGGUGAACCAUGAAAACAUUCAAAAAUGAAGCAUCCAUUCGUGCUGAUUUUUUAGAUGAGUGUCUGCAGUGGGCGGCGUCUACAGUUGAGCUUCUGUAUCAGUCCUCAACUCGUUUCUCCAAACAGGAGUCCUGCUGACUGUUAUCUACUCUAGAUCACUCUCUGAUAGAUAAAAACCCCUUUCUUUAAAAACUACUGUUCAACUCCCAAAGUUACUCCACUCAGCUGGGUGUCAGUCUUUGGUAAAAUUCAGGGUGUAUUUCAUGUGUGAGUCAUGUUGUGCGGCGCUGUAAUCUGUCAUCUGCCUCUCAGCUUCAGUGCGUCAUGUUUGCAGACCUGUAGCUUAAUUCUCCUCCAACUGGGGUUUAAUUGAGUGACUAACAGACUCAUGGUUUAAGCCUGAGAAGAAACUCUGCCACAGCUGAGAGCCUGUGAGGUCUGUUCACAGAUUAAACGGAGACGUGGAUCUGCUUUCUGCUCUCUCUGAGAGACAAAGAUCUGUGAGGCUGCUGGGUUUGACUGUCGGAGAGAAUAAUAACCUCUGAAGUUUGAUCCUUUUCUUGUAAUCUUUCACUCUCUCUCUGAUUGUUUUUGAGCGUUUCAUUCUUGCGUUAAGCUCCAAUGCCCAACUUUCAUUUAGUGCUGAGUUUGGCGCCCCCUGUGGACAAAGCAGAUUCUGUCCUGAGCAUUUCAUUCACAAAAAUAACCCUUCGACCAUCUUUGAUAGUCAAAUGCACAACUAAGUGUGGCAGAAAAUCCAGUUGAAGAGACUUCUGGAUGCAUACAAAUCUAAUUUUACACCAACCCAGUGAUUAAUAAUAAUAAUCUAGGGGUUAAAAUGUUAAAAAUUAAGAGAUUAAUAUUCUCUAGGAAGCUUUAAAGUUAAGUCUAUAUUUUGUCGUACUCAGGUGAGCUGCUGUAAAUUAUAGAUGAUAAUGCUGCCACAAAACAGCAGUACGUGAAUAAGAGAUGUUUUAUGUAGAUGGUUAGUUUACAUUUAAAAUCACAGAAGGCUUUAUAUACGUAAUGCCCCUUUACGGCCUAAUCAUAGAUUUCAAUCUACGCCCAAACCUAGAUAAAUUUAACUUACUUAGUGUAGGGCUGUAAAGUCCUAAUCGACUGGUCGACUAAUUGGUCGAUACGUGCUGAGUCGACCAAAAUUCAAAUUGGUCGACUUGAUUUUUUUCCGCCUCAAUUUACAGUCUAUGGUUAAUUUCAUCAGGAGGAACGUACCAAGUGCAUUCGAGGGGAUUUUAGAGCACCCCCGUUUCACAGAUAACAGCCUGUCUCAGAACCCCCCCCCACACACACACACACACACACACACACACACACACACACACACACCACCACCACCACCAACACCACCUUUUGUGUUUCAUUGCCUUCUUGUGCUGAUAUCAGUAUAUUUUCACCCCGCCGCAGAAGGGUUUCCCAUCAGAGUCAGAAACCCCCCCCCCCCCAUUAUCGGCUCACAGUUUUAGUCGACCAAGAAUUUCUUCGGUUGAUACCAGCACUAACAGUGACUGCUCGAUUGAUUGUUCUCUGCAGACGUGGAUUAUUGCACUGAUAAUUAUCUGUGCACAUGUUGAAACUGCACAUGUGGGGAGAAAAAAAAAAAGACAUUUCCACCCUUAACCUUUUAACAGUCACUGCAUAAAGAAGUCCUCUAAGGUUGUAAAUCCCAAACUUUUCUUUAAUAUUGAGAAAUCACAGAUUAUCAGAAGUUAAUCCCUAUCAGUCUCCUCUUUUGGUCAUGUGUUUAAAAUCCAUAAUUUUGCAUUAUGAGUCCACAUUGAGAAAGUAAAGCAGCUGUUAUAGCUGUUUUGAUUUGGGAAUCAAAGGAAUGCAAUGAAAUCUACUUUAUGAUCUUGACUUGUAGAAGUUAUUUGUAAAGAAGCUGCACAGGUGUGAUCCAAAACCAUGACGUAGAUGUAGGAGUCAACUUCAAAAGCAGCAACACACACAUCCAAACUGAAGCUGUAAGGAGCUGAGAUCAUUUCCAGAAGAAGUGAUUCACCGAUCCACAUCAGAUUUUUCAUAUUCCUGUGAUUUAAUAAAGACGCACUCACACUUUAUCGCUUUAAAUCACUGAAUCACUUCCUGCGUCUGAUCUCCGGGGUUAAUUUUAGAUCACUUCACUAUAAAUAUCAUUGCUCCAGGUUUUUUUUUCGCCUUCAUGACGUCACAACAAGCAGCUUUACCCCGUUUAUUUAUUUCAUUAUGUUUUUUAUUCAUGUGCAGCGGAUGAGGUGGAGGAGAGGUGUGAGGCUUUAAAAGGAGCAACAAACUCUGAGGGUUAAGACUCAUCGGCAGACGGCAGACAGGACAGGUGAGAGCUGAGAAGGUUUGACUCUGUGCAAAUUAAAAAAUAAAUAAUUCAUUUUAAUGAGCUUUUAAAAGUUUGUCUGUUUUCUAGUUGAACUUUUUUUCUUUGUGAUGAACUUUUUAACAAAAAACUAUCCUCUGAUUUAAACUCUAAUGUUUCUGUUUUUUCAGUCUUCAGGGGUCAAAAUGAAGAUCUGCUUCGUCUCCUGCAGACGUCCUCUACACUCUCUCUGCUCCUCCCAUCCACCACCCGGAGAUCCCCACAGCUCCUCCUGCAGGAGGUUCAAGUCAGUCACACUCCCCCUCCUCUCUCCUACCACCGCCUCCUCUACUUUCUCCUCCUUUUUUCUCCUAUGUGGUCUUCCACUUCCUGACCAGCUUUGUCUCCUUCUCCUAACGUUCAUCCUAUUCCUCUUUCUUCCAUCUUCACUCUUCCCCCUAAAUCUUUUUCUUCCUACCCUGCAGCCCCUCCAUCGAUGAAACUCUUCAUCUCCUUCUCUUUCUUUUCUUCACCUUUCUGUCUCUCCUCCCUCUUUCUAUUUCUUCUUCUCCUGCUUUUGCAUCUCUUACUCCUCAUCCUCAUUCUAACCUUUUCUCUUUUUUCGGUCUUUCUGUUCUCUGUUUCAUCUUUUCUUUCCUCUUUUUUGUCUUCCUUUCCCUCCAUUUCAGUCUUUCUCUCCUGCUGUUUUUUCUCACCUGUUUUCUUUUCCCCUCUUCAUCCUCCUCCUCUCUCUACCUCCAGCUCUGUCUUACUUUUUCUCCUCUUGUUUUUGUUCUUGGCCUUAUACCUCAUCUCUUUUUCUUUUUCCUUCUCCCCAUCCCCCUUACUUUUUUUCCUCUAUCUCCACUCUUACCCCAGUCGCAGCUUCUUCUUCACCUCCUUCCUCCCUCUCUUCCUUUUUCCUCACCUUACCUUCUCCUCCCUGUUUUCUAGUCCUCCUCCUCCUCCCUGUUUCCUCCUCCUCCCGCUCCUCCUCCAGUGUUCGUAUCAACACUUGGCUGUUUUCAGUAAAAUGUCGCCCUCUCUGUGUCCUGCGGUGCUGCUCCUCAGGGAGUCUUUAAUCCAGUUUUCUCCAGUCUGAGCCAAGUUCCUGUACGUGAAACAUACUGAUCCACUUUAGAAGAUGCUUCUGCAUCAAAUAGUCAGACUGGAGUCCAUGCACACAGCUGCUUUAGUGCAGAAAUGUGCUGCAGGAAUACUAUUAGCAACUUUAAAUUUGUUUUUAAUUAAAGUGCACGAAUGCUUUCUGUGCAGAUUUAAGAAACAGCUGCAAACACAUAUUUACAUACACACACAUACACACAUUAGUUAAAGGCUCUAAACUUGAGAGAAUUAAGAGAUUAAACUGAAACGAUUUCAAAGAUGUUUAAGAUCAGGAUGUCACAGCAGACUGGAGUCAACGAUGUUUAAUAGUCUGCACACAGCUCGUGUUAUUAAAGCAUGUGGAGACAAAGGCUGGACGUGAUAUCAGAUCAUGUCAUUAAUGCAGUCAGUAAAAAUCUGCUUUACAUCUACUCCUCAUCUCUCUGGUCGUUUUCAUUUUGAUCCACAUUGAGGAUUACUUUAUUUGAUUUGAUCAGACGUUUCUAAUUUUUAUUUAUUUUUGUUAUUUUGGUCCAAAAUUAGGGCAUUUUUUGAUAGGAAUGAAAAGGAAGUCUUUACCCGUGCUGAAAACAGCUUCACUGUCAAUUACGUGCUUCAUUACCACUGAUGUCCUACACCUUAACUCAUCUGGUCACCAUAAAGUGAGGAAAAGCUGAGGAUCUGCUUUUAUUCUCACAGUAAAUACUGUCAAGGACAGACAGCUGGAGAGUUCACUGCACCAAAGAUUAUGCAAGAAAUCUGUAUCUACAUCCACGAGAGACACAAAAGGGUAAAAUGAAAGUAGAGACGUGAAAAUACUGAGAUUUCAACAUGAGGACAGUGUUGGUCACGUGACCAAAACAUAAGAAAAAAUCGCCUUUUUAUCACUCCUCCAACCUCAACAAAGAAUUUCAUCUUCCUGUUUAUUUUAUUCAGUUUUUAUGGCGUAUAAUAAAGCCUGUGCAUGAGCUAAAAUAGUGAUAAUUUAGGCUUUUAAAUUUGAAAUUGAUCCCAUUUCAGUCUUGAUGAUCUGUAUUUUUAUUUUGAGAUUUUAAUAAGGAUAUGAUGAACUGAUAUCACACUUUGUAAUUUAAGAAUAGUACAACUGGACUUAAUUCAAUAGAAGAUGAUAUUUGUGGUUCAGUGUUCCAGUUUUAUCCAAAGAGAGGUGUUAAAAUCUCAUUAAAAACCUUGACUAUAAAUAAUCUCAUUUUAAUGUUUCUUUAUUAACGAGCUGCAUGGAUCCAAACCGUUCAAACUCUCCUUUUGUGGUGUUUUCUGUCCCUGUGACGUGGGGGCCCCGCUCCGAGGACACCCACUUUAUAAGGAAAUGAAGGGAGCAGCAGAAGGCCGGCCUCCCUCUGUGAGGGCCGCCCACGCUGGAGCUCCAACAGCUAUAAAAGCCCAGACAGCAGAUACUGAUCACACACACACAUACACUCACUCACACACACCGAGUCUGCUGAGAGUCCUCAUCUCUGCUGCACACGCACAUGCGCCUCUAUCAGCCGUCUCCAUAGGAACCUGUGAUAUUCAGAGUCCGAUCCAGCCUGAGAGGAAGAGUCUGCAGGCUGAGAUAGAGAGAAAGGGGCUCAGGCUGGUCCUGGUACUCUGGGUUUCCUCACACCUGAUGAGGAUGACUGCAGGCAGACUUUCUGAUCUGUGGCAGUAGGACAAACUUCACUUUCCUCACUUUUCCUCUGACCUCAGUGACCAUGGUGUCUCACAGAUCCACUAAAGGGGCCUCCAAAGCCCGGCGGGACCACAUCAACCACGAGAUCAGGAACAUGCGCUCUUUGCUGCCCAUCAGCCGGGACGACCAAGAGAGGCUGUCCUACCUGCACUCCAUGGCCGCCAUCUGCACCUUCAUCAGGAAGUCCGUCCUGCUGCAGGGUGAGUCCAACUCAUGGGAAAGUUUGCAAAGUUUUGCUGUUACUCUCAGGUGUGCAUAUUUAAAAAAGAAAGAAUUGACCUAAAAGUUGAAGCUCUUUUUCUCUUCAGUUAACAGUACUUUUAAUUCUCUACAAAUCAACAUAUUUGUAGCUGAGCAUCAUCUUAGAAACAUCUAAAGUUUUAGAUGAGAGCAAGUUGUUGGAAGAUAGAAAAUGACAACAAAUAUCACAGCCUUUUCACCCAAAUCAAAACAGUCUGACCACAACCUGAAGAACUUUGUUUAAAACUGGAAAAACGAGCUCAAAAUGUCAUGAAAAUAUUUUAUAUUGUGCAGAAAUUUUAUUUUUCUUUCUCCAUCUGAAAGACGACACAACAAAGAAGUGUCACAAAAUUAUAAGAUAUCAUCAUUUUCACUCUUUCCCUUUAUAAACCAGUAUUUGUAUUUUGGAGAAAUACACAACAUGAGUCAGAGGGAAAAUUUGCAUUUAGAUUUUUAAUUAAAAUGAUUGUGUGCUUUGAUAUAUUUUGUGCUGAGUCAGCUCAAAAAAAGAGAAAAGUCAAACCCAAAAAUCCAGACAUCAGAAAAGUGUCAAAAAGUGUCAAUAAAGUAUUAUGAAGAUUGUAAUUAUGCAGACUUAGAUUUUUAAUGAUACGCUUAUAUUUUAAACUCAUUUUGGCUGAUACUAAUAUUUAUGGAGCAUUUUUCAAUUAAGAUCACCUGCAAUAGAAACUAGCUUAAACUCUAGUAGUUACAGAAAUAAAACAAGAUUUUAACAACUAUAAAUGAUAAAUAUUUUAUUUUAAGUUAUUAUAUCUGCUUUCUGUUUCAAACACCUUAAAAUACUUCCAUACAGACGACACUUGUAAGCCGUAAGCACAUAACUAAUGCAAAACCAUGAGAAUGAUGAUAGUAACAACAGCAUUACAUAUAUUAUAUAUUUUCUCUAGAGGAGGAAUCAGUGCCAGAAAUUAUGAGAAAUGUUUGUUUUUGUUCCGGGGGGGACUGAAAAAGCUAAAUGGCGCCAUCUGCUGUAACGAAGUAAAACUACGAAUUUGGAGUUUUGCGUGAAAAUUGAACGUAUAUUAUGAGACGUUGCAUAUUUUUUUGCUGCAAUCACCAUAUGACCAAAAAUCUGGAUUAUUAUGGAUUUAAAUGUUGAUUAUCUUGGUUAUAAAAAGCGAAACAGCUGGGUUUUAAAAUUCCUAAUUUAUGCCAAAUUAAUUCUAUGACUCAUGAAUCUAAAAAUGACCCCUGGGAAAUCAGAAAGUUGAAAAACCACACAUAUUUGCCGAGCAGAUAGUGUUGAUUUUAGCGCCCUCUUCUUGAAUCAGUGUGGAAAUACAGGUGAUGUUUAACCAACAGGAAGCUUCUGAGGUACACAAACUUUGCUGUAGGUGCAGAUUAAUCUAAACCUUUGAACAUCUCCCUCUCUCUCUCUCUCUCUCUUUUUAAAAAUUUCCCAGGACUCCCGGCUGCUGCAGCAGAGAGAUCAAAUUGCUCUCCACCGUCUCCGCCGUACGAGGCCUUUCUCCCAGCGCUGCGCGGCUUCAUCCUGGUCACCACCGCUCAGGGCAGGCUGGUCUACGUGUCUGAAAACGUGUCUGAAUAUCUGGGUUUCUCCAUGGUGAGUGUGCGGGUUUUAUCCUCUGUUAGUUUGAGCAUCUGUUGGUUUAACUGUGGAGACACUAAACGCCAGCUAAAGUGAAUGAAUCUGCAGGAUUCCUUAGCUGAGCUUGCUGUGACUUUUUAACAGGCAGUAAUCGCUCUGAAUGACUGUUUUUCGGUGCCAGUUCACUAAAACUAGAUUUUAACAACAGGAUGGGACUGAUUUUUAAACAGAGAGAUAAAAACAAAGUUCACCACAGGACAGGAGAAAUGAGGAGGGUGGUUUAGGAAUAUAGAUGAGGGGGAAAAAGAGAGAAAGAGGAAGGAUUUAGAGAUUUACAAAAAGUGCCUUGUCCAGUCUGGAGUUGUAUUUCAGGUGUUUUUUUCUGCAUGUUGGUCUUGAAGCAAAAACUUCUUUGUCCACAGGGGGGCGCCAAAAUUUAAACAGUGUGAGAGUUCCGUACAGGAGCUUUAAUUCUGUUGUAUUCAUUCAUAAAUUUGUGGGUUGUUUUCUGCAGCUGGAUGUCCUUCAAGGAGACACUUUUUACGACAUGGUGGAGCGCUCUGACGUGGAAACGGUGAAAUCACAUCUGGACUCUGAAAACAGCUCAUCACCAGGUAACGUAAACAGCCUCAGUAUGACUUUAAAACAACAAAGUGAGGCAGUUUGACAUAAUUCUGUUUUUAAAAAAGGUUAAAAAAAAACAGAUCUACUUUUUCUGGAAGAGUUUAAAAUCAUUUUAGUCACUAAUCUUUAAUUUCUCCACAGAGAGGAGCUUCGUCUGCCAUAUGCAAACCUCCAAAGCCUUCAAGCUGCAGCACGGCGGCUGCUGCUCGAUUCUGGUCAGAGGAAGAUUCCAGUCUUUUCCUCAUCCCUCCUCUUCCUCCUCUGUCUGCCUCCUAACUCACCAGCCCCUGUUUGUGGCCCUUUGCACCCCCACCGCCGACCGCCUGCAGAGCUCAGACUCCGGCUGCUGCCUCAGCUUUAACAGCGCUCACAGGCCUGAUAUGAGCUUCACUCAGGUGUCACACAGGUAGAUCCUCAGAGAUCCUCAUUUAAGAAGCUCAAACUAACAGCCGGGUUGUUUUGGUGGCUGAUGAACAUCUCUCUAUCUCUCCUUUGUUAGUGUUUCAUGCUUUCUGGGGUACUCUGCAGAGGAACUGGCCGGUCGCUCAUGGUACAGUCUGGUCCAUCCUGAGGAGCUCUCUGUCUGUGCAGCUUCUCACAGGAGUCUGAGUAAGUAACCUGCUCGAACCUGGACGAAAAACGGUUUUUAAUCUGGCAUGACGAAUCAGAAAAGAUCGGAUAUUUGGGAGGAGAUAGAAAAAAACUUUCUGUCUGGACUGACUUAUUUUUCUGGCAUUUUCUGACUUUUACCACCAAAUAUAUUGAACUCUAUCAGUGAAACUUUGACAUUUUAAACCUGUUUUAGGGGGAAUUAUAAGUGUUUUUAUUGUACUUCUUUGCAUGUUGCAUGUUGAGCAGAUAAUUGCUUAUUGCAUGUUAGGAAAGUGUGACUCCCCUGACUGGUUCACACAUCAAUUUAGCCGAGCUGCACAACAAGGCGUCUGCGCUCCAGAGAUAGUUUAUUAAACGCCUGAAGCUCUGCAAGUUUAAACCGGGUCCUUCUCUGCUUUCUACUUAACCGAGUGGGACCUUCAUCCACACAUCCUCACUAGCUUCUGCAUGUAGAAGAAGGCUGAUAUUAUCCGGUGCAUGUCAUUAUUUUUGUUUGUGCGUUUUAAUAACCUGAAUAUUUGCUCCUUUGUGCCGUCCAGUGCAGGCAGACCAAGGAUUCCAGGUGGAGAUGGUGCUCAGACUCCAGUGUAAGGAUCUGUCAUGGACCUGGAUCUACACUCAAGCUAACAAGCUCUCUGAGCUGCAGGGUGUGAGCUGCACAAACUUCAUCAUCAGGUACUAAAACGUCGCUUUUCCAGGAGAGCCGGCUGAGAUGAAAGUGUGAGAAAGUUUCCAAAGUUUCAAUCGCUGACUUUGUUUUUGUUUUUGCAGUGAAGCCGAGGCCAGAUUUCUACAGAAGAAGAUAAGAAGUGAAGCCUUCAAACCAUCGAGCUCCUGCCACCUUCAAGCUCAGCAGACGCCUCAAAGCGGCGCUAAAUGUCUGAAAAGGCGAAGGACGUCUGACAGCCAGAGUGAGGAGCAAAGUGCCAAAGCUAGGAGAGAGUCCGAGAGAGAUGCUUACUAUGUGGCGUACGCCGACAGCUCACCUGCUCCCUCAGGUGACAGCCUCGCUUUCUUCACCCCUCCUUACAGCCCCGCCUCCUCCUCCUGCUCCCCUCUGCAGCAGGAGGAGCUCAGCUGUGACCUCCUGAUGGAUGUGCAUGGGUACACAGAUCAGCUCCUGUCCUCCCCUGAGAGCUCCUUCCCCGAGGCGGCGCUCACCUGUCACCUGUCACCCACCGCCCCCCCGCCUGCAGCUGAACAAGCCUUCGAGCAGUCAGCCUUCGUCCCCCUCACGGCUCGCUCUCCUCUCUCCUCCUCAUCGCUGGCGGUUGAUUUCCAAUCGUGUGCAUCAGACGUUCGCUCGGUUCCUGACUGCCUGUCUCUGUCUGACCUGUGCUCAGAGAGCUCAGCGGAUUGCGCUCUGCAUCAAGACGACCUCAGCCUCCUCCAGGAGCCACAGGGGGGCGAGCUCGUGCACUCACAUCAUGUUCCCCAUCAUGUGCUGCCCCUUCAUUCUGGUCUUCUCACCCCCAACCAGUCUCCAACCCCCAGAGAGAGUGACUACAGCGAGAGGGAGCAGGCGGAGAUCAGCAUCCUGGCUCAGCAGAUCUCCUCCCUGGCGAGCAGCUUUAACUUGUAUCACUCUCUGAACCCGCUCCAGAACAUGGUCCAACCUGCGCCCCCCACCUGUCACUGGCCUCUCCACCCUCCUCUUCCUCUAAAACAGCAGGUCUAUGAUGACGGGGUCUUUGAGAGCAUCCUCAAAGACUUGAACAUGGUCCCGAUGAAAAGCAGCACGUCCAGCUCUGGUUUUACGCCCCUCAGUUACCAGCCGGGUUUGAGUGAACCCCGUCAGCUGCAGGAGGAGCUCCUCAGCGUCUCCUUGACCCUCCAGGAGCAGAUACUGCCGGCUGAGACGCUCAUGGAUCCCUUCAGUUCGCAGCUGGGACGCCAGGACCCAAACACUGAGUUGCAUCAACUCAACCAAUACAUGCAGAGAGUCCUCCGGCAAGGUGAGUGUGCAGCACAGGAUGGAGUCUGAUCUGUGAGUUUCAGGGAUAAAAUGAAACCAGGGCCGACCCGAAUCAUCGCAGAGGCAUUUGAGAAAACAGAUUAAGUCAUGAAUUCAAAUCAUUUAAUUAAAUGACCUUUAGUUUAACCUCCUGUCCUAUAAAAAGCUGCUUCAAAAGUUUCCUCCGCCUCAGAGGUUCCCAAACUUUUUGUGUUAUGCCCCCUGCAGGAUAAAAAAUGUCAGGCUUUCUAACGAGCAAAUAGAUCACAAAACAAGCCGUGCAAAAUGCAUCUUUCUUUCCAACUCUUGGGUCUGAUUUUCUACUUUCUAUGUGUCAGAUACUUUCACCACCUCUAUAAAUAAAAAACAGUCCUUAAUUUUUAGAUCUUUAACUCCUUAUUUGCCAGUUUGUUUGCAUUUUGUUAUUGAUAUUUUUUAUGGGAAAAACCUCAUGAAGUGAUUCCCCUCCAUAAAACGCUCAGAUGGAUAUCUUUGUUUAAAAACACAGUUUGGGACAUGUUUUGGGCCGUGUGACAGUCAUAAUAAUAGACCGGCACAAAAAAAUCACCACACUUAAAUACAUAUUCAUCAACUUUAAACGAUUAAUUCAAAGCUUUUUAGUGUUUUUAUUUGUCCUUAUCUCUUCUUCGAUGGACACAAAACAACAAAACAACAUAAAAUGAGCAACUCCUUUUUUUGUUGUCAUGUGGAAAUGACAGAUAUUCACCAAGAGAGGGUUUCUUAGCUGGUACACUGGACCGGAAAGUCCUGAAAUUUUCUGGAAAUUUUCAGGACCUAGUGCUCAAAAUGAAUCAGUUCAUACACAGCCCAAAAGAAUUUUUUUUACACAUAAGAUUAAAGAUUCACAAGUUUUAUUGCCAUUUUAGAGCAUUUCAAAAAGUGAAUGAAAUUAAAGCAGGUGUGAAAGGAGCUUUGUCGGGUUAGAAUUGAAGUAAACGCACAACUCUUUUGAAAGAUAUUAAAAAUAUAUAUCUUUUAUUUAUCAAAAAUUGUAUAAAAAGUUUGAAAAGUUGGAAGUCAUUCAUGCCUUCUGUCAUGAUUUGAUCUCUUUAAGUUUUUACCUGGUUUUGUUCUUUGAGUGUAUUUUCUGCGUAUUGUCCCUUGUGUUUCUGUUCCCCUGUAGUCCAGUCUUGUGAGUUUUCAGUUUGUGUUUGACCCCGUUUCCCUCCUGUUCUCUGUGUUUUAUUCUUUAAAUCAGUUUUUAAUGUUUAUUUCCUGUUUUAUUUUGUAGUAGUUGAUUCCUUGUGUUUCUAGUCUGGUAUUACCUCCCUAGUUUUUCCUCCUUCGUUAAUCACUAACGAGUUUCACCUGUGUCUCACCUGUUGCUCGUUUCCCAGUCUGUAUAAUAUAGUCCCUGUCUUCCACUCUGUCCUUGUUAGUUCAUUGUUGGAUUUUUCUCUUUUUGUGGCAUUUUUCCCAUUUAGUUCAUUUUUUUUUUGCGUUUGGGUCUUUUUCUUUGUUUAACCCUUUGUGGCUCCGUGACACCUUCUUCUCAAAAUACUCUACAAUCUCACAGUUGGUUAGAUCUAGGAGCUGACGAGCUUAGCAUCAUUAAAGUGGCAUACACAUAUCACAGUGAUUUGGGACAUGUUGAGUAAUUUGCUGCCUAGCUAACAUUCGUCAUCAGACUGAGAAGCGGCCCAUAAAUCAGUGCUUUCCUCUUUAUUCUCUGUUGGUUUUCUGUACUGCAGGUUUUCACUGACUUUCCUCUCUGUCUCUCUGCAGAUGCCCUGGCUGAGGAAAACCUGUACUGAAAUAAGUCUGUGACUUACUGUUCCUCCUCUUGUAUGACAUAUUGUCACAGAAAUCUACCUUCACUGGAUUUGAAGACGAAUGAGCGCAAAGACAUUUAAAGGACGUCUUUACUGACUCGAUGUUUCCCCUGAAGACUCAUUCAGAGUGAGGGGUAGAAUAUAAAGCAGAUUAUCCUCUCUUCUUUGAGCUACAGCUUUGUCUCUAUUCCUCCAAACUGCUGUCAGAUGGAUUUUAUUUCUGCUGAUGUCUUAUUUUUAUGAGAAAGGUACUUUUUGAACGGGUUCUUUCCACACUUAUAUGCUGAAACAGGAGUCUAUUUUUCUUACAACACAAACUGACCGCAGUUUACUGCCGAGCACUUUAUCAAUGUCACUGCCAAAAGAGAGGUAUAAACCAGAAGUUUUGUGGUUUCGAGGCGGAAGCGCCUGGACUCAGAGCUACCUGAAUUAUUUUAAACACAUAAAUCAUUCCUUGAAACAGAGAAACUUUUUAUUUUUGUGCCUUUAAACACAAAGAGGAAACUUUCUAAUGUUUUAUUUGAUCUAAAUGUGCCAGGAAAGUUUAGUAUGAGUGAAAUAGAAAAGAAAACAGUGAUAAAAUGAUCAUUGUAGACUCAACACCUACCUCAGCGGUACAUUAAACACAUUCCAGGUCCAAUUUUUGUUCCAUUUAUUAUAUUUAUUUAAAAAGUACUCACUUAAUAGUCUUAAAACUGUCUUAAACUUUAGCUGUCUUUUUUUUUAAAUCAUGGUACUGGAUCUCUACAUGACUGAAUGUUUCUAUGUUUUUGUGUUUUACCUUUAAUUCGCUUUAAAAUGUAAAUAAACCAAUAAAACAAAAA